AUGUUUUUUGUGUUUAGCCAGGUAUUCCAUUCGAAUAACCAAAUUGGUCAUGAUGACAUGAAGCUUGAGUAUGAAUUUGUUGAGAAUGAGGAUUGGGAAAAUGGUGAAGAUUGUGGGCAGUUUGAGCAUGGUUGCGGGAAAGACAAGAUUGUCAUGAAAGCAGAUUGGGUUGAUGUCGGGCAUAAGCUCUAUGGAAUGAUUUCUCAUGAGCUAUGCCACAGGUCUGAAUAUUUUCCAAAUAAAUUAUUUUGUUCUUGA